AUGGGAGACUUUUGGGGUCAGCUUGGCCAAGGACUGGCACGCGUUCAGGAAGAGGCUGCCAGGCACAUCACGCCGGAAAACAUCAACCGCGCCGCCCAGAUUGUUCGAGAUGGCGUCGGCCAUGCUGUAGAGCAAGCUCAGCAGCACGUCACGCCUGAGAAUAUCCAGCAUGGUGCUGAAAUAGUUCGAAACGGUAUGUCAGUAUAUCACUAUCGUAGCACGUCUUUCCUUCGGUUAACUGACGAUACGCAGCACAUCACUCCUGAAAACAUCAACCGCGGCGCCCAGAUUGCUGGCGACGGCAUCCGAUUUGCUACAGACCAGAUUCGUCAACACGUCACGCCCGAAAACAUCAAUAUCGGUGCUCAGAUGGCUGGCAAUGGCAUCAAUGCCGCAGCGCAGCAGAUCCGCCAACGCGUCACUCAUGAGAACAUCCAUCACGUAGCCGAAAAGGUGGUCCAAACGGCUGGAGAGGCAGCUCGAAGCCCAGUCGGCCAAAAGUGCCGCUGGCGGUGA